AUGGAAGGCCGCGUCAACUUGCCACCAAAGAUCAUGCUUGACAUUUUUUCAAGGCUACCAGUGAAUCACUUGUGCCGGUGUAAGUGUUUAUCAAGGGUAUGUCGAUCCCUACUCUCCGAUCCUGAUUUCGUUGCAAAGUACAACAACAAUGUGUUCUUCCAAAGAAGGCGCCUCCUCUUUACUAUUCUUGCUGACUCGAGACCAGGGAUAUACUCAUUGAAUCUCGACCAACUUCUCAAUGAGAAUCCUAAUGUUGAUGCUGGUGGUUUAGUAGCAGCAGCAUCCACUGAGCUCGACUUUGUUUACGAUCAUCUUCGGCACCUUGCUCGCUAUUGGUUUCCCUUUGUGCAUGGUCCCUGCAAUGGCUUAUUCUUGUCCCAGUUAUAUUUUGGAGACUUCAGUUACAGUUUGGUUAACCCUGCAACCAAGGAAUCAAAGAAACUACCAAAGAUACCAAUAUGGAGACGACCAAUGAAGCCUUUCUCUUUGCAACUAUAUGGACUUGGAUUUGAUCCCUCCACAAACGAAUACAAGGUGAUUAACGGGCAGGAUUACGGUGAUGGAAUUGUGUUUAGUGUCUAUACAUUGCAGACUGAUUCUUGGCGACAGAUUGACGGCUCGUUUCCCUACAAAGCUCUCGGUUAUGAUGGAAUCAUGGUGAAUGGGGCUGUUCAUUGGUUGGUGAGGAAGGUUGCAGAUCGAUCAUUAGUGAUUAUAUCUUUCACUUUAGCAAAGGAGGAGUUCAGGGAAAUUCCAGUACCACCCGUUCCAAGUACUCUUUCAAUUAAACUAGGGGCAUUCAGAACCUGGCUAUGUAUAACAUUAGUAUCAAAACAGACUAAAACAGCAACGGAGAAAAAGCAGAUAACAUAUAAUCAGUUCUGGGUCAUGAAUGAAUAUGAAGUGAGCGAAUCUUGGAUUACAAUGCAGGUCUCCAAACCAUAUAAGACAUUAUCACAUUCCGGUUUCUGGACAGAAUCUCAUGAUCUAAUGGUGUUUGAUAGAUCAUCUUUGGUUAUGUACAAUUUUAGUGAUGACAAAUUUUGGACUCUUGAUGUCGGCAAAGUUGGUACCUUUUGUAACGUUGGUACCUAUGUAGAGAGCCGAGAGCCUACCUUUCACUCACCGAUCAAGAACAGCUAUUGA